CUGGGCACUGACUGGCACAACCACUGGGCACUGACUGGUGGCACUGACUGGCUGCACUGCUGGGCUGCAGUGAUGGGCACUGGUGGGUGGCACUGGUAGGCACAUGUGGGUGAGCACAGGUGGGUGGCACUGCUGGGCACAGGUGUGUGGCAAUGAUGGGUGGCACAGCUGGGCACCCAUCAUCAGGGCACUGAUCAUCAGUGCCCUGAUGAUCGGUGCAAAUCCCUGCUCUGACAAACUGCUGGUUCUCAGCAGUACUUUCCUCACACUCUGACAGCGUGAGGAAAUUGCAGCCGAGAACCGCCAAUUGCAU